AUGAACACCUGGGUUUUGAUCCUCAUGUCCCCUACGCUUUCCAACUUCUCCAAGCUCGCCAUUACACCGAACAUGGAAGCACCAUCUCAAGGCACUGUUCCUGCCACAUCGGAAGGAAAAGGCAAAGGCAGAGCGCCACCUAGCGAGGAUAGCAGCUCUAGCUCCGAUGACAGUAGCAACGAUGGGGGUGAUUCGGACGAUGAAAACGACACAAACAAUCCAGCAGAUGACCCUGAAGAUUUCGAAGAUGAUGACCGGGAGGAAACUACCAGCAUUUCCGAUAAUAAGUCUCUAUUUGCCCUAGAUCAUUGUCGCCAGCAUGAUUCCACAUACGCCUUUCAAAUUGCCUCCGCGAAGGUGAAAAACUACAGCCUGCGAAUCGAGCGAGGAACUCCAAUACGCUGUUCCUGUCAAGAAGAAGAUUGCCGCCACAGGCAUUGGCUCCUAGAUCAACUUUUAAGGGUCUCGAGUGGACAGGUCGCUGGGCCCUCUGAGGUUGAUCCAUACACACGAAUAUCAGCGAGGGGUUUCGAGAACGUCUGUUUAGAACUCAACUGGGAACUAAGAGGACCUUCAGUAGAUGUGGAAACCGAGUGGCAGUUGCAGAAGCGUGUCAAAUCUCCUUUCGAGCGCCAUCAGCAAACAAUGCGCAUGCUUGCGGACCGCGUGAAUAUUGUCCGCGAUAUAAUGGCCACCCCAGCCCCACUUCAUACUACCGAUGACCACCGAAGAAACCCGCUACAAAAUCCCGAGACGAUCAACGCUCAUAAUAUCUUAGUACCUGGGGACAUAGAGGCUACCCUGUUUCGCUUGCUAGUGCUCGAUGAACAUAUAUUCCAUCAAUAUCAACUCCGGAUACCGACCAAUAUUCAAGCCUCGGACUACUUCUUACAGAUGAAGCGGAAGGCACAGGAGACAUGGGAACUUCUGGAUGAAUACUCUAUAGAUGGACCUGUCUAUGGUCGUCAUUAUGAUGUAAUAUGGUGUGGCCAGAUGCUGGUCAACAUUGUCGAGGCGAUUCACAAUCAUAUAAGAGACAGACUACCUCUACCGCCGGCUUCCCGAGAAAAUGCUGCCUACGCCCUUGUUUCAAUCCUCCAGCUGGUCGUCGACAAAAACUUCGAGAUUUAUGGCAAUUCCGCCAACUGGGUUCGGCGUAGACCCAGUCAUGAGCCAGGCAAAGCACGCAACCUUUACAUGUGGCUGAUUGGAGAAGUAAGUAGUGCAAAUCCUGCAGGCGGGACUUUUGUACUCAGGGCGCUGGAGGAUGUAUCUGAUACGUGUCGCAGUGUUGCGCAACUAGAAGCAAUUUCUAAAACGAUAGCGGAAAUCGCCUGGUCUGCUCCCGAGCCCUAUAGAAAAAGAUUGAGUCAAAUCAUUGCACGGAUGAGGGGCGCGGCCGAACCUGGACCUGGACCUGGACCCCCACCAGGACCCGGGCCGGAUUCUGGGUCUUCAUCGAAGAGACCAGCGGCCCCUGGCCCAUCGAAGCGAAACGUCAAGAGAAUGAAAUGA